UGGAGCGGCGCUGAGCGGGGGGCACGGAGCCGGCGGCCGCCUUUGUGCCAGCGCCGGGCGGGGAGUGCGGCCCCGCCGCCCCCGCCAUGGAGGACGCCCCGCGGGGGCCGUGGGACGGGGAGGCCAAAGCGGUGCAGCAGUGCCUGACGGACAUUUUCACCAGUGUCUACACCACCUGCGACAUCCCGGAGAAUGCCAUCUUCGGGCCGUGCGUGCUGAGCCACACGUCUCUCUACGACAGCAUCGCCUUCAUCGCCCUCAAAUCCACCGACAAGCGCACCGUGCCCUACAUCUUCCGGGUGGACACGUCGGCGGCCAACGGCUCUGCGGAGGGGCUGAUGUGGCUGCGGCUGGUGCAGGCGGCCCGCGAGCGGCAGGAGCAGAACCUGGAGGCCUACGUGAAGAGCGGGCAGCUCUUCUACCGCUCGCUGCGCCGCAUCGCCAAGGACGAGGAGCUGCUGGUGUGGUACGGCAAGGAGCUCGCCGAGCUGCUGCUACUCGGCCCCGCGCGGGGCCCCGACGGGUCGCCGCCGUUCUCCUGCCCCGAGUGCGGACAGCGCUUCCAGUUCGAGCUGCCCUUCGCCGCCCACCUCCGCUUCCGCUGCCCCAAGCGGCUGCACGGAACCAACGGCGGCCCCCCCGAAGGCAAGGAGGCGGCCGCCAAGGAGCCGGAGCCCGCCAAGUUCGCCAAGCCGCUCCCUCACCCCUUCUCGGACGGCGGCUCUGGGGGGACGGCCAAGCCCUCCACGGACUUCCACAACCUGGCCCGGGAGCUGGAGAAUCCCCCGCGCCGCCCCGACGUUCCCUCCGAGGGUGCGGGCGGAGGGACCAAGCGGCGGUACCCCGAGGAGGAGGCGCGGGGCCGCUUCCCGACGGAGCGCCCGGGGCUGCCGGCGGCCCCCAAGGAGGAGCCGGUGUGCGCCCCGCAACAGCAGUUCCGCGCCGCCGGCUCCUACUGCGGCCCCGAGGAGGGCGGCCGCCUCUUCGCGCCCCCCAGCCCCGAGACGGGCGAGGCCAAGCGCAGCGCCUUCGUCGAGGUGAAGAAGGCGGCGCGCGGCCCCGAACCCGACGCAGCCCCCGAGGACGGCCCCGAGCGCGCCUCGCCCGCGGCCCCGACGGCGGGCGGCGGGGGGGAACCGGCACUGUGCCCCCGCUCCGGAGGAGGUGGUGGAAACGGGGCGGCGGCGCGGGGCAGCGCGUUCAGCUCGGUGCCGCAGCUCGGGCCGGCGGGCGCCGUCGGGGCGGAGGAGCGGAAGAGCGCAUUCUCGCAGCCCGCCCGCUGCUUCCCGCCGCUGCCUCUCGGCCCCAAGCUGGGCGCGCUGGGAGAGCCGUGCCCCGACGGCCCCUCCGCCGGCCGCCUGUACGCCGCCGAGCUGGCCGCCAAGGAGGGGGCGGGCGGCGGGGCGGGCGCCAAGCAGAGCCCCUUCCUCUACGCCACCGCCUUCUGGCCCAAGAGCUCCGCGGCCGCGGUGGGGCCCCUCCAGCUGCAGCUGCCGUCGGCGCUGACGCUGCUGCCGCCGUCGUUCGCGUCGCUGUGCCUCCCGGCGCAGAACUGGUGCGCCAAGUGCAACGCGUCGUUCCGCAUGACGUCGGACCUGGUGUACCACAUGCGCUCGCACCACAAGAAGGAGUACGCGCUGGAGCCGCUGGUGAAGCGGCGCCGAGAGGAGAAGCUCAAGUGCCCCAUCUGCAACGAGUCCUUCCGCGAGCGGCACCACCUCUCCCGCCACAUGACCUCGCACAACUAGCGGCGGGGCUAAAGGGGGGAAGGGGGA